AUGGGGGCCGUGGAUAAGGCAGACAUGAUAAACAGCUUUGUGGAAUGCACACGGAAAACGAACAAGUGGUAUAAGAAGAUAUUUUUCCAUCUGAUCGACACUGCUGUCCUCAACGGCAGCAUAGUUCACCGCCAACUAACAGGUAAAGUAAUUACCUACCAAAAAUACAGAGAGAACCUCAUGAGAGAGCUGCUGGAGGAGCACCACACCCCUCGGCGCCCAUCCACUGGGGGCCGUCCUGCUGCAGACAAUCCCCUACGCCUCACUGCACGACAUUUUCCCUGCAAAGUCCCUCAAACUGCUUCUCAAGGUAGUCGCACACGGAGGCAUUGCAAAGUCUGCCUGUCUGGCGCCAGGAGAAGUAAGCAGAGGAAGAUGACAAAAUACAUGUGUCUAGCUUGUGAUACACCUCUAUGUAUUUCACCAUGCUUUGAGGAGUAUCACAUGCUCAAGCAUUAUUGA